AUGGCUGCCAGCGAGGCUGCCGGCUCAAGGUUUGCUCGAGUCGAUGAGGAAGAAAUUAAUCGGAUUAUAGAGGAUGCAAUACCUGAAAGUACGAAAAGACAAACAAGCUGGAGCAUUGCUAUCUUCAGAGGUCAGUAAACCAAGCAAAAACUUAUAUUAUUCGCCAUUUUUCUGUGUAUAAACAAUUGCUCGAAAAGUUGCAUGCAAGCAGUGAACUCAGAUUAUAUGUUAAAUGGGUUCUUAGAGACUGUAAAGUUCGUGUUUUGUUUAUGAAUAUACGCACUUGCUGAUCGUACAAUGAACUCGAAAUUUUCAAUACUGCACUCGGCUUCGCCUCGUUCAGUAUUGAAAUUUCUCGUUCAUUGUACGAUCAGCGCGUGCGUAUAUUUGUAAACCAAACACUCACAGCAGUCUCUAACCCUUAAUUAAAACUAAAGAAAAAAACUAAAACUUAUUGUGUUGAGAACUAUCAGGACGGGGGGGGCAAUUCUCGACAUAGUAGCACCUCCAAACGGGAUUUAUGUGAUUUAUCGCUCGUACAAGAGCAAGAACCUGUGAAAAUAUUGGCGUUUAUAUAAGUUUACGAACGACACGGCCGCGGGAAACGAAACCUGUCUUUAAAAAGCAUUAAAACUGGUGAUUAUUGUACUGAUUUCUUGUAAAUUAACGGAGAUAUGGAAUCAAAAGUGAAGGAGCUCGAAGGGAAAUUGCGAACACUCGAAUUUGCCGUGAAAAGAAGCGACGAAGUGAUUAAAACGAACAGUAGCGAAGCGAUAUCCAGACACGAAAAUUCGAUAAUAGCAAAGGUCAAUGCAUGUCACAGCUUGAAGGACAGUAUUGAGGAAGAAAAAUUCGUAAAAGAGGAGUCCGAGGAGCAAAUAACAGAGUGGGUAAGUGCUAUAUUGAGGAAAAAUUAAAAGCUGCCGGCGAAAAGGUUUUAGAACUGCGACAAAUUCAAGACGAAAUUGUGCGAAAAACGCAAGCGAUUGAGAAAGCCGAAGCCGUUAAAAAGGAACUCAUGUUUCAGCAAGAAAAACACGAACAAAAAUUACGUCAAGAGCACGAGCUAUUCGAACAACAACUAAAAUUUCAAAAGGCAUUAGAAGCAAAUCGACAGAGUGAAGCGAAAGCGAGUUCAAAGAAGCUACCUAAGCUUUCUAUAACAAAAUUUGAUGAGAAAUACGAAAACUGGCUGCCAUUUUGGAACAAAUUCAAGCCGGAAAUUGACAGCACUGAUCUUUCUCCGGUAACACAGUUCGCAUAUUUGAAAGAGCUCGUAGAACCAAGAAUAAGAGCGGAUAUUGAUGGGCUACCCCUAACAACAGAAGGUUACAGUCGAGCAAAGGCAAUCUUGUCUGGCGAAUAUGGGAAAACAAGCGAAAUUGUUAAUGCAUACGCGCAGAAUAUUUUGGAGUUACCUGUUGUCAAGGAUGCCAACCCAAAUGAGGUAGAUAAAUUUUACAAAACUUUAUUAUAUAACGUACAGUCUUUAAAGACUCUAGGCAAGCUAGAGCGUGUUAAUGGGAUGACAAGAAGUGUAAUCGAUAAACUACCGGGUAUAAAAAGCGAUAUUGUGAGAGGGCAUCGUGAAGGUUGGAAGGAUUGGGGCUUAGCGCAACUUGUUAAGGAAAUGAAAGUAUGGAGAGACAUUAAUAAUCCAUGUAAUGAGGAGAGUG